AUGAUAAGGCCAGUUGUACUUUGCCUUGGUGAUACACGUUUUGCUCAAGAAGCUUUACAACAGUUAGAGUUAAUUGCUGAAUGUGUAACAUUACCAGAAGAUACAACAAGAGAAAAAUUUUUUACCUUAUUAAAUGAUCCAACUUCUAAACUUUCCAAGGUUUCGAUUAUUACAAGAACAGCAGGUAGUAUUAAACAAACUGGUAGAUUCGAUAAGGAAUUAGCUGAAAAGUUACCUGACAACGUGGUUGCAAUUUGUCACAAUGGCGCAGGGUAUGAUCAAAUAGAUGUUAGGUAUUUUAAUGAUAGACAUAUUCAAGUGUCCAAUACCCCCCAUAUUGUAAGUAAUGCUACUGCAGAUAAUCAUGUCUUUCUUCUCUUAGGUGCAUUAAGAAAUUUUUCAUAUGGGUCAAGAAAUCUUUUAGAAGGUAAAUGGCCUCAAACUGGUGAGAGCGCAGGUACACCAUAUGGGCAUGAUCCAGAAGGCAAGACAGUUGGGAUUUUAGGUCUUGGUGGUAUAGGACGUGCCAUAGUGAAAAGAUUGAAACCAUUUGGGUUUAAAGAAUUUAUAUAUCAUAAUAGAAGAAAAUUGUCGUCUGAUUUGGAAAAUGGUUGUAGAUAUGUUUCAUUUGAUGAAUUAUUAACACAAUCAGAUAUUAUAUCUAUUAAUGUUCCUUUGAACCAAAAUACUCGUCAUCUAUUGGAUUCUAAUGCCUUUGAAAAGAUGAAACAGGGUGUUGUCAUUGUUAAUACUGCUCGAGGUGCUAUUAUUGACGAAGUCGCAUUAAUUUGUGCUUUAAAAUCUGGGAAAGUUAGGUCUGCAGGAUUGGAUGUUUUUGAAUUUGAACCACAUGUAUCAAAGGAGUUAAUGGAUAUGAAACAAGUGUUAGUACUGCCUCAUAUGGGAACAUAUUGUGUAGAAACAACACAGAAGAUGGAAGAACAUGUGUUUCGUAACGUUGAGAGUGUUAUAAAAACAGGUAAAGUUAUUUCAAUUGUGCCUGAAAUUUGCGAGGAAGAAUGGUUUAAAAAUUUAGCUUAG